AUGGGAGGCGGCUCUACCCGCGGCAAACGCAAGCGGCAGCAAGCUGCACCAGAAGGAGCAGCAGCAGCAGCAGCUUCUGCUGCUGCAGCACCGGAAAAGGCAGCAGCAGCAGCAACUGCAGCAGCACCACCAAUUGCAGCAGCAGCAGCGAGUGAGGCGGCAGCAGCAACAGCUGCAGCAGCAGCAGCAGAACCUCGCUCCCCCUCGCCCGCGCCCAAGCGGCCCCUUUACCAACAAACGCAGCAGCAACAGCAGCAGCAGCAGCAGCAGCAGCAAAUGUGUGUCUUGCUGCAGCAGCAAUUUUGUCUUUAUUUAAACGAAAACUUCUCAAGUGACCCUGUGGGCGUUUUCGCCCUCUGGGACUUCUGCUGUACGUACACCCCAGCAGGGCUAAACGCUAAACAAGCUCUUCACGCCGUCGGACUUACACUCUGCGGGCCUUUUGACCUCCUAGAAAACCCCGCUUCCUCUUUCCCCCCUUCCCACUCCCGGGGCUUUUAUACCCUCCCCGAAUGCAUCCCCGUACUGCGCUGCAGCAGCAGCAACAGCAGCAGCAGCAACAGCAGCAGCAGCAGCAGCAGCAGCGAGGGUUUGUCCCCUCUUUACUGCUUGUUUAGAGACAGAGAACAGCAGCAGCCAGAAGCUGUAGUUCUGAACGACCCCACGGCCUCAGCUGUACAUACAGUUCAUGCUGCAGCAAGCACAAACCCUAAACCCUCCAAAGCAGCAGCAGCAGCAGCAGCAGAAGGGCUGCCGCUGCUCUUUGCUGCUGUGAUUCGGCACGCAGUGGAGAACACCCAGAAGGAAGCAGCAAACAGUAGUAAUGGGCAGCUAAAUCCGCAGGCCAAGUAA